AUGGCGGGGCGCAGACAGCCCCUGGGGUCCUGCGGCCUGCAGCAGAUCACUUGGGCCUGGUCUGGCUCUGGCCCCUUCACAGGGCCAUUCGCUGGUCUCUUCCUAGGGCCGCUCCGACGAGACCCCAGCUGUGACUGCCCAGGCGACCCCAGCUGUGACUACCCAGGUGACCCCAGCUGUGACUGCCCAGGCGACCCCAGCUGUGACUACCCAGGCGACCGCAGCUGUGACUACCCAGGUGACCGCAGCUGUGCCUGCCCAGGUGACCGCAGCUGUGACUACCCAGGCGACCCCAGCUGUGACUGCCCAGGUGACCCCAGCUGUGACUGUCCAGGUGACCCCAGCUGUGCCUGCCCAGGCGACCCCAGCUGUGACUACCCAGGCGACCCCAGCUGCGACUGCCCAGGCGACCCCAGCUGUGACUGCCCAGGCGACCCCAGCUAUGACUACCCAGGCGACCCCAGCUGUGACUGCCCAGGCGACCCCAGCUGUGACUACCCAGGCGACCGCAGCUGUGACUACCCAGGUGACCCCAGCUGUGCCUGCCCAGGUGACCGCAGCUGUGGCUACCCAGGUGACCCCAGCUGUGACUGCCCAGGCGACCCCAGGUGUGACUUCCCAGGUGACCCCAGCUGUGCCUGCCCAGGUGACCCAGCUGUGACUGCCCAGGCGACCCCAGCUGUGACUGCCCAGGCGACCUCAGCUGUGACUACCCAGGCAACCCCAGCUGCGACUGCCCAGGCGACCCCAGCUGUGACUGCCCAGGUGACCCCAGCUGUGCCUGCCCAGGUGACCGCAGCUGUGGCUACCCAGGUGACCCCAGCUGUGACUGCCCAGGCGACCCCAGCUGUGACUUCCCAGGUGACCCCAGCUGUGCCUGCCCAGGUGACCCCAGCUGUGACUGCCCAGGUGACCCCAGCUGUGACUGCCCAGGUGACCCCAGCUGUGACUGUCCAGGCGACCCCAGCUGUGACUGCCCAGGAGACCCCAGCUGUGACUGCCCAGGUGACCUCAGCUGUGACUGCCCGGGCGUGCCCAGCCAUGCUGCCCAGUUGCCACUGGCUCUGGGGCCUCCGGGGGACCCUCACUGCGCCCUUCCCAGCUGCACUUCCUGCCUUGCUCCCGACCCUCGCUCUGGGGUCCGGGCCCCACUUGAGGACUGCUGGAUCCUCCCUCGCUGUCAGGCCUGUUGUGCAGCUGGAGGCCAAGCCGCCCCCAUUCCAAAGUGAGUCCCUAGGGAGGCCCCUAGGGCCAGGGCAACUGUGACAGGUGCAGGGUCACCUGCAGCUAGACGCCGACGCCCUGGCUCAGGAGAAGAGCUCAGAACCGUGUCUGCCCCCCCCACCCCUCCACCCUGUGUAAGCUCCAUGCCCUGGCAUUCGGCGGGGACCUGGGCCUGGGACUGACAUUGAGGAGCACACGCUGAGGGCCAGGCCCCUGCCCUCUCCCCAGAGCCCCAGCACAUGGGAAGGCGUGGCUGUCCCCCACUUCCCUCCACUGCCCCAGGCCCUGGACAGGACAGGGGUGGGGCCUCCUACCUGGCCUGUGAGUUUCGUUCCUGGCCGAGGUGGGGAGACUUGUGCUGGUGUCGGGGAAGGGGGCUUCCGAGGAGGUGUUGGUGACCCUGUCACUGCUGAGCUCCAGGUAGGACCCGUUGAGCAGCUCAGCACCGGCU